AUGGCCCCGGGGUCAUCCAGGAACGGGAAACACACGACCGCAGCCAGGCGCUUCCUCCUCGGCUUCAUCCUCGCCAUCUUCUCCCUGCAGAUCUUCGCCAUCUUCCUCUCCAUCCAGAUCUCCAAGGCCCUCCGCAACGUCCACCUCCCCCGCCUCCUCCCCGAGGACAUCGGCCUCCUCGUCGCUUCCAAGGCAUACACCCACUAA